UGAUCUUUGUAUCAUGCCUCACGCAACAUGCUGCAAGCGAAUGCCUGAUGACGGACGACAGAUGCGAGUUUUGGCUGGUCAUCGAGCAGAAGCUGACCAUGAUGUACGGCAAGGAGCUUGUCUACCCUAAAGACGGUCAGAUAUUUAUCAACUCCUCCAUCAAAUUUGACCCUGAUGAGGUCAUCACAGCCGAUGCCUUUAUGGACCCUAAGCUGGUCAUCACGGCUAAUGGGACAAUGCCCGGCCCUCCCAUAGAGGUGUAUGAGGGCCAGACGAUUACAGUUCACGUGAGGAACGAUUUGAUCAGCGACGCCGUCACGGUCCACUGGCACGGUCUUCACCAGGUGGGGACUCCCUGGAUGGACGGGGUGCCCUUCGUCACACAGUGCCCAAUACUGCCCGGGACAGAGUUCACGUACAAGUUCAAGGCCAGCCCUAUAGGCACGUUCUGGUACCACUCACACAUGGGGACCCAGCUCUCCUCGGGUCUGUUUGGUGCCUUCAUCAUCAGGGCCAAGGUCGUCACCAGGGACCCGGAGUUUGUUAUGAUACUACAGGACUGGAAUCACUUUAUGGACGGUGACACCGCCUAUUUCAAGAUGCAGUAUGGCGUCUUCGAAGACGGAAACAGAGUUGCGCCAAGCACGUCAUUUGAUGGUGGGAAAUUCAGCAUGUUCAAAAUCCAUUCCGUUUUGGUGAAUGGCAAAGGACGAUUUAAUGGUACCAAGGCACCCUUAGCUGUUUUUGAAGUGGAUACACAUCAGAAAUACAGGUUUAGAGUAAUAGGAGCUGCAAAUAACUAUCCAUUUAUUGUGUCCGUUGAUCAACACACUCUUGAAAUUAGAGCUAGUGAUGGCUAUCUCAUCCACCCACGAUUAGUGGACUCCUUCAUCAUCAACCCCGGAGAACGUUACGACUUUGUAAUAAAAACUGACCAGGCUAAUUUAAAGAACUACUGGAUCAGGGUUCAGAGUCUGGAGAACAACACUCGUACCACAGGCUGGGCUAUUCUACGAUACAGAGGCGCAGCAGAAGAAGACCCUUAUUCACAGCCGAGGCUUUGCACCAAAACUGAUUUCUGCCAUGUCCUCAACUGCCCGUUUACAUACUUCCCGCUAAGAGAACACAAAGUCUGUGUGAACUUUGACCGGAUCAAAUCUUCCAAAUCCAGCAAUCCACCAGGGAAAAACACGUAUGAAAAAAUUGAGGAAAUUUUCCUAAACUUUGCUUUUCCGGGGAAAGGAGGUGUAGUGCCAGGAUCUGUCAACGGUCGCAGGUUUCAGUUUCCCCCUGUGACAGCCCUAACUGACCCUAAAAGUGUGACCACCUACUGCAAACCUGGCCAGUGUGAUGAGGAAGAACUGUGUAACUGUACCUACAGCAUCAACCUCAAGUACAAUACCACAUAUCAAAUGGUGCUACUGAACAAAGGAGCAGGAAGGGGUUGGACUCACCCCAUACAUUUACAUGGUCACUCCUUUUACCUCGUCAAAAUGGGAUAUCCAGAGUAUGACAAAGUAACAGGUUUAUUUGUGAGUGAAAACACGGACAUCAACUGCACACGUAACUCCUCACUUGAGAACAGUUUCUGUAACAAAGCAUUUUGGGCUAACUCCACAUGGGGAGGUAACAACAUUGACGGAAUUGACCUGGAUUAUCCCCCAAUGAAAGACACUAUCAUUGUGCCAACCGGCGGGUACGCUGUGAUCCGUAUCAGGGCCAACAACCCAGGCGUGUGGCUCAUGCACUGUCACAUUGAGCUGCACCACGUCAACGGGAUGGCGCUCAUGUUCAACGAAUCGUUUGGAAAACACCCCAAAGUCCCACCAGAUUUCCCCAAGUGCCGGGACUACAACUCUGUCGCGUCGUCCCUUGCUUUAGAAAACAUUAUACUGGUUGUUUGUUUCUGUAUACAGUUGAUCUUCGACAGGCUUUAAUGUUGUAUGUGUGUUUGUAUAUAACUGAGCAUUGAUAUUAUC